GUUUAAAUGAUUUCGAAAUCUGAAACAGAUAGUAAGAGUAAGACUCCGGGGAGAUUAAAAUGUUGCCGUUUAAACCAUCAGCAAAAGUGUCUAGCAUGUCCAUCGACGAUGUAGAAAGGGACUUUGUAACUCAUGUAUCUACUGGUUUGGACAAAUCUGAAGCCGAAAGACGUGCAAGAAUAUAUGGGUUGAACGAAUUUGAUGCGGGAGCUAAAGUUCCAAUAUGGCGAAAAUAUUUUGAUCAGCUUUAGGAAUGGUUCAUUGGUAAACUGUCUUGCUAAAGUAUUAGUUUGUGGGGAUAUUGUUGUCAUAGCUACUGGUGAUCGUGUACCAGCUGAUAUGCGAUUGGUUGAGGCCGUAGACCUUGAAAUUGAUGAAUCGAGCUUCACUGGUGAAACUGAACCCCAGAGGAAAGAUACGUCAUCAAUACCAGAAGCCUUAGAAAACAGUAGGGUUACAGAGCAAAAAAAUGUAGCAUUUAUGGGCACUAGCAUUUAUUGGUUCACUGUGGAAACGAAAAGUGCUAACGACGGCAUUAGACAAGAUGAAAAUUUUCAAACUCUUUCUCGGUACUGA